GUACAUUCUUGAAAACAACUCUAUUCACCCCCCCCCCUCUAGAGUUGCACAUUUGUCUAACAAUUGGUAUCGGAGCAGAAAGUUCUUCGAAUACAUUAUUUUUUUCAGGAACUAAAAGAUCAAAUGGCAUCAAGGAUGUUCAACGCAGGAGUGACCGAGGGACAAUCAACCACGAGGCCACCUCUGUUCGAUGGAACAAACUACUCGUAUUGGAAGGAGAGGAUGAGAAUCUUUAUCCAAUCCAACGACUACAAGCUAUGGCUAAUUGUGAAGAACGGAUGCGGAGUCCCGAUGAAGAAAGUCGGUGAAGUCAACGUUCCCAAAACCAAAGAGGAGUUCACCGACGAAGAUUGCAAAAAGAUGGAGCUCAACGCAAAGGCAAUAAACAUGAUUUAUUGCGGUGUUAAUGCGGAUGACUACCGCAAAAUUUCGCGGUGUGAAACCGCAAAACAAAUGUGGGAGAAAAUGGAGGUCACCUACAAAGGAACCGCGCACGUUCGGGAGGCCAAAAUCGACCAUCUUACUCACGAGUACGAACUCUUCUCAAUGAAGGAAAACGAGAAGAUUGAGGAAAUGUUUGAGAGGUUCUCUAACAUCAUUAAUCCUCUCAAUCUUCUCGGGAAGACCUACACCGACCGAGAGCUCGUAAGAAAGGUGCUACGAAGCCUAUCCCCCAAAUGGCGUUCAAAGGUGGACGCAAUCAAAGAAGGUCGUGACUUUCAAACAAUGACCUAUGAUGCUCUUCGAGGUAAUCUUAUUACCUACGAAACCACCCAACUCUCAAAGGUGGUUGAAGAGAGGAACAAGAGGUCUAUUGCUCUACCCGCAACAACAUCAACCCACAACAACGUUGAUGAAGAAGAUGAUGACAGCGACGACACCGACCUCGGACUCUUUGUCCGAAAAUUCAAGAAGAUGAUGCUCAAG